CGGGGCCGUGUUUGAACGGCGUGCGGCGCGCGCGCGGCCGUUGGCGCUGAAGCGAUGGCGGCGAAGGAGGCCGCGGCGGCGAUGAGGUAUGCGGCGCUCGCGGCGCAGACGAUGGAGCUGCCCUCAGAGGGCGACCGGCGUCUGGCCCAGUUCCUGCGGCAGGUGGACGAGACCGAUAUGGUGUGGCUGGAUGAGAUCUACGAGGAGGCGGUCAAGAUGUUUGUCAGCAACUACAGCGAGGAGCUCGAGCUGAUGCCCAAGACGCCGUCGCAGAAGAAACGGCAGCGGAGGAAGCGGCUGUCGGUCUUACAGGAAGAGCAGGAGCCCGGCAGGAAGCGCCUCUCCAGGAGGAGGAGGAACGGCAGCAGCAGACCUUCUGUUCGAUCUUCUCAGCGGCUCAAGAACAAAGAAAACCUGGAACUCAGCAGGGCCGAGGCCAAGGAAGACUCUCCACCACUGCGUGUGACACGGUCCCGGGCUGCAGCCUCUGCCAUAAGCUCCAAGGUGGUUCCUGAGACCCCUACUGCCCUGCAGGCAGCAGGGAAGGAUCCUUGGGUGGAAGCUGACCACAUUGGUACUGCAGUGCCUCUCCAGAGGAGCGGGACAAAGCUGGCAAAGCUGCUCCCCACGAACUCAGGGAACUGCUCUCCCGAGGAACACAGUGCUCCCAAAUCGCCUCUGAUGCCCACAGCCCCUGAGCUGGUGGUGCCCUGUACUCCCGAGCCACAGCCAGCCAGGGCAGCCAAUGUCACCGUCAUCCUGAGCCCGGGGCUGGACCGGAAGGAGGGGGAUGGCUUCCCACGGGAACACAGCCAGGCUCAGGAGCCCUCCCAGCCCCUGAGGAGCAGCCCAGGGACUCCGACCGGCUCCAGGCCCAGCCGCCGCUCCGUGCGCCGGAGCCUGAUGGGGAAACCCUCCCUGAGCCGCAGAACCUCCCUGGCAGAGAAAUACUCCUUGGCCAGCAAGAGGGAGAGCAUGAUCCGGGCAUCCACCGCCAGGGCAGCGGGCAAGAAGAGGGCGACUCAGAAGAGAUCCAUGUCCUCCAGCUCUGUGGAUGCCUCCAGCUCCAUAAGUGUGCCAGAGGAUGAGGAAACUGUUGUCAAAACUGGGCCUCCUCCUGGACCCUCCACCCCCUCCAAGCUGGAAUCCCAAAACCCUCGGAUGUCCCUUCGCUCCCACACAGUCAGCAAACACGGGCAGCCCCAGGAGCAGCAUAGCAGUGAAAACAACUUAAAUAAGAAUGGGGGGACCCUGGAGCCACCCCAGAGUGCCAGGAGGAAGCCAAGCUACAAGAGAGCCGUGGACGAGCGCUACGACCACCUGCAGGCAGAGGAGGGAGGGCUGUCGCCUCUCAGGAAGAAGACCCCAUCCCCAGUCCUCCCAGCCAGCAGGGUGGUGCGUCCAUUCAAAACGUUCCUGCACACUGUGCAGAAGAACCAGCUCCUCAUGACACCGAGCUCUGUGGGGAGGAAUGGAGUCAUAAAAUCCUUCAUCAGGUACAACACCCCUCUCCAGGCUGAUGCCAAGGAGAAGGAGAGGCAGAAGCUGGAGACUCUGCGGAAGAAGCAAGAAGCUGAGCAGCUGAGAAGGCAAAAGGUGGAGGAGGAGAGGAAACGGCGACUCGGAGAGGCAAAGCUGAAGCGCGAGGAACGCCUGCGCAAGGUGCUGCAAGCCCGGGAGCGGGCGGAGGAGAUGGAGAAGGAGAGGAAGAGGAGGAUCGAGCAGAAGAUUGCGCUGUUUGAUGAGAAGACUGAGAAGGUGAGGGAAGAAAGGCUGGCAGAGGAGAAGAUCAAGAAGAGAGUGGCUGCCAGGAAAAUGGAGGAAGCUGAGGCCCGGCGCAGACAAGAGGAGGAGGCCAGGAGACAAAGAGCUCUGCAGCAGGAGGAGGAGGAACGGCGGCGCAGGGAGCUGAUGCAGAGGAAGAGGGAAGAGGAGCAGGAGCGUGCCCGGAGGAUCGCUGAGCAGAGGCAGGCGGAACAGGAGCGGGAGAGACAGCUGGCUGCAGAGAGAGAACUGGAGAGGAAAAGGGAGCAGGAGCGGAUCCAGGCAGAAAAGCUCCGGGAGCAGCAGGAGAGGGCCGCCCGCCUGCAGAAGGAAGAAGCGGCUGCUAAGGAGCGGCUCCGGAUGGAGAUGGAGAAGAAGGAGAGGGAGCAGAAGAUGCUGGCUGAGAAGAGGCAGGAGGAAGAGCAGAAGAAACUGUCAGAGGAGCAAAAGGCCAAAGACAAUGCCCGGGCACCACUCCAGGAGAACAAGGAGAACUCCCCUGCCUGCAACUCAUACGAGAUGACUCCUCAGAGCAGAAAAGAAUUCAAGGUGCCUUUGACAAGUUCCAAUGACUAUGGGAUGGACCUGAACAGCGACGACUCGACAGAUGACGAGAGCCAGCCACGCAAGCCUGUCCCUGCCUGGGCCACUGGGAAUCUGCUCAGCCAGGCUGUGAUCCGGCAGUACUACAACCCCCCUGACCUGGACGCGCUGUUUGGGGCCAUCUCCAGCCCCAAGCUGGAGGACAUCUUCUACAAGAACAAACCCCGCUACUUCAAGCGCACGAGCUCGGCCGUGUGGCACUCCCCGCCCUCCGUGGUGGCCAAGCCAGCCCUGGGGCUGCCCUGUGGCCUCAAGAAGCCCUGAGGCCUGGCAGGCCCUGCCAUUCCUCAGUUGUACGUCUGUGCUGCUCUCGAGGUCAGUGACAGCCAGGGACCACUGCACCAGGGCACAGUCUGGCCUGCUUCACUGCUCUUCUCAGGAAGGUGUUCCCAGGUGUGCUCUUCAUCUCCUGCAAUCCCAAAGGGAUUUGUUGCUCUGUCCCCACCUGUGUGGUGGUGUCCAUCAGCUGGGCAUGGCUGACGUUGGCACAGCUGGGGCAGGAACACCAUGAGGGUCUCAGUGAUGUUCUGCCAGCUGUGGAGAGAGGUGACCAAGGUGUGACCAUGUCCCCAAGGACCUGCAAGUGUGUGAGCCAGCUCUAGGCCUUAAUAGGAGAAACUCUGCAAGGGUUUUGGCAGAUUUUUUUUGUUUCUCAGUGAAAUUCCAUCUGUGAGGCCUGAUGGGAUUUGAGAGGAUGUUUUUAUACUUAAUCCCUCUUGUUCACCCUUGGCUGUGGCUCAGCAUCAGCUCGUUGUCUCGGCCUGUGCAGCACUUCCUGUUCAAUGAGCCACUGCUAACUGGACUCUGGCCAACCCAAUUUCAUUGAACCAAAAAUUCCAGCUCAGCCUUCCCAUUCCAGGAGUCCGUGGUGGUUCAGUCAUUCCUUCUGCACCCAGCCCAGCCCUGUAAAAACCCAGUAGAUACUGUGCUUUGUGUGAGGGGACAUGAUCCUCUCUGUGUGUUUGUAGCCAACGCACUGUUUGCCAGCAGAUCUUCUUCAAAAGAAAAAGAAUAUUAAAUUUUGUUUUUAAAUUAAAUUUUAAAAGUUUUGUAUUUUAAUACACUGGUGUCUGUAUGCUGGGGCUGCUCUGUAUGUGCAGAUCUGUAUCUGUGGAGUGUCUGUGCUGCUAGGGUUGCUCUGUAGAUCCAGGUCUGGUUAUUGCUGUCUGUACCCAUGGAGUGCCUGUGUUUCCAUUGGCUGCCCUGUGUAUCCAGGUCUGUAUCCGUGCGACCGCGAUUUCUUGUACAAAAGCUUCUGAGUUGGCCAAACACUGUUGGAUAAAGUGAGUUUAAUCAUC